CGGGACUCUUAUUUUGAAAUGUCCUUUUAGUUGUCGUCAGCUUCACUGUUACCUUUGUCAUCCUCAUGGCCAAGUGAAGUUCAAGAUCUUCAUCAGACUGUUCUCUCACGUUGACUUAAGAUCUUCAGCAGCCUGACGGAGACUCGCGUACAGCUCCUGCUCAUGAAGACCAAACAAGAUGAACUCCUGGAAGAAAGCCCCCCUCAGCAGAAUGGGGCCACCCAGGCGAGUCCUGACCUCUACAGCCCUGCAUCUCCCGUGCUGCAGGAUGAACCCAUCUCCACAUACUUUGAGGAGAAGGUUCCCAUUCCCGAUGAUGUCACAAAGAUGUUUAGCUUCCGUAAGCUCUGGGCCUUCACCGGACCAGGUUUUCUGAUGAGCAUUGCCUAUCUGGACCCUGGAAACAUAGAAUCUGAUCUUCAGUCUGGGGCCAAAGCUGGAUUCAAACUGCUGUGGGUGCUCUUGGGGGCCACUAUCAUUGGGCUUCUGCUGCAGCGUCUGGCUGCUCGUCUUGGUGUAGUAACAGGGAUGCACCUGGCCGAGGUUUGCAACCGACAUUAUCCAACAGUACCACGAAUUUUCCUGUGGCUGAUGGUGGAGCUGGCAAUCAUCGGCUCUGACAUGCAGGAAGUCAUUGGCUGUGCCAUCGCUCUCAAUCUGCUGUCUGUUGGCCGGAUUCCUCUCUGGGCCGGAGUGCUUAUAACCAUUAUUGACACAUUUGUAUUCCUGUUUUUGGACAAAUACGGUCUGCGGAAACUUGAGGCUUUCUUUGGGUUCCUCAUCACUACCAUGGCUCUCAGCUUUGGUUAUGAGUAUGUGCGCGUAGGUCCAGACCAGAGCGAAGUUUUGAAGGGCAUGUUUGUGCCAUACUGUAGCGGCUGUGGGCCUGCGCAGUUAGGGCAGGCUGUUGGGAUAGUUGGAGCCGUUAUAAUGCCUCAUAACAUCUAUCUGCACUCUGCUCUUGUAAAGUCACGGGAAAUAAAUCGAGCCAACAAGGAGGAGGUGAAGGAGGCCAACAGAUACUACUUCAUUGAGUCAUCAAUUGCUCUCUUUGUCUCUUUCCUCGUCAAUGUUUUUGUGGUGGCCGUCUUUGCAGAGGCAUUUUAUGGCAAGACAAAUAUGCAAGUGAGUCAGAAAUGUAAUGAAACGGGAAGCCCACACACUGAGCUUUUCCCAACCAACAAUGAAACACUUGAAGUCGAUAUCUACAAAGGGGGUGUAGUUCUGGGUUGUUUUUUUGGCCCAGCUGCGCUGUAUAUUUGGGCAAUUGGGAUUCUUGCUGCUGGACAGAGUUCUACCAUGACGGGAACCUACUCUGGUCAGUUUGUUAUGGAGGGUUUUCUGAACCUCCGUUGGUCUCGCUUUUCUCGGGUGUUGUUGACGCGCUCCAUUGCCAUCUUUCCCACACUUCUGGUCGCUGUCUUUGAGGACGUCCAGCAUCUAACUGGCAUGAACGACUUUCUCAAUGUGCUGCAAAGCAUGCAGUUGCCCUUUGCUCUGAUCCCAAUUCUCACCUUUACCAGUCUGACGUCACUCAUGAAUGAUUUCGCCAAUGGACUCGUGUGGAAGAUAGGUGGUGGUUUGGUCAUCCUGGUGGUGUGUGCCAUUAACAUGUACUUUGUGGUGGUUUAUGUGACCGCUCUGAAGAGCACUGUCCUCUACAUCCUCUCUGCACUUCUCUCCAUUGCCUAUUUGAGCUUUGUCAUCUACCUGGUGUGGCUGUGUUUGAUCGCUCUUGGUGUCUCUCGUCUGGAUGUUGGUGGCUGGCUUCAGUUUCCCCCAGCCAUUCUCACUGAAGACCAACCAGAGUUUGAUGAUUGAACCAAACACACAAUUUAACUGAUAUAUAUAUAUAUCCAAAGUAUGUAAACCUCUCAGAAUAUGUAGUUUUAUGUUGUAAAAUUAAGAUUAUGAAGCUGUAAAAAGUAAUCAGAUCAAAUUUAUGAUUCACUAAUUUACUAAAUUGACAUAUUUAACCUUAUUUUUUUCAUUUGUAUACCAAAAAAACUGAAUCAAAUAAAGAAAUUGGAUUUGUUUUAGUAAAUGAACAGUACAAUGGCAUUGAAUGCAGGAACCAGAAUUUAAGUGUUCAGAAAUAUCACCCCAUCAGCCUAUGUUUUGUAACACAAGUGUUUGGAAACUCCUGUCUAUCCGUCUGUCUGUCUGACAGUCUUUGCAUGCUCGCCUGCUGAGAAAUAUCUUGCUCAUUUAGAGUUAUGAUGCCUUAAACUAUUGUCAUUUUGGUCUACAGAUUUGUGGCCUUUUUGACUCUAAACGAAUAAUUAAAUACUUUACAUCAGUGGAUUGUUUGUGAACAAGAUAUGAAUUGAUGAAUAAUGACUGACAUAAGGCAGAUUGUCUAUUACUAAUACAGUUUGUACAGCCAUUUCAAGUAACAAAGGAACCACGAAAGUGCCUUUUUAAUUCAUUUAGCAAAAGAAGCUUGUUUAGUGUCAGCUUUAAUAUGUCCUCAAUAUCAGAUUUCAUGUCCUCGACUGUUAUUCAUCUUUUAAAGCCAAUCUGAAGCUUUCCCAUAUUAAUAUGUAUGUUUCAGCUCACUUACUACUCAUUCUUGCUGUUGCGUUAGUGUUUUGAAAUGCUAAAGAUGUUUUGAUUGUUUACACAUUUGGCUCAGUAUGUAAUUCUCUUGUUAUAACAAAUAUAAUUUGUUUUUAUGUAUUAGGAACAAUUUAAGAUUGCAGACAUAAAUACUGAUCAUGGGAAUGCAGAGGGAAAUGGUCUAAAAAGAUCAGGGUAUUCACUAGCACUAGGUUUAUGUACAACAACUGGCCGAGAAAAAACUUCACCACCUGCAAGAUCAUUUCCAAGAAUAAGGAUGACACUCUCAACAGGUAACUGAGCGCACAAUAACCCAAGGUUAUUAUCGUAAACUAACACGAAAACUAAAUAUGUAAAAAACAUUUUCGUAAACUGAAAUUAUCAGCAACAUAAUUGGAAAAACUGAAACUAAACUGAAAUACAUUUUCAUGGCUCUAAAAUAAAACUAAAGUAAAAAAAAAAAAGAAUCUUUAAAAAAUAUUUAGUUUUCGUUUUUAAACCUUUAAACCCGCUAUUACCUUAACAUUAAGAUGCCACUACACGGUGAUAGUACAAGUAGUUGACCUAUUGCCCUCAUUACAUUAGCAAAGACAGAGCGGGAGUAAAUCACUACAGUACAUAAUGGGGAGAAGCAAAGCAGGUAGAAAACUAGGGUGACCAGAAGUCGGUCAAGGUUUCACGAAGUGUGUCCUGGUGUCCUGUCAUUUGUCGAAAAAAUGGUAUAAUGUCUAGGUUUCAGCUGUUAGGCUCACCUGAUUUUUUUCUUUGAAAUUAAUAUCCUCAACGUCCUACUUGGUAUCGUGUCUGGUAUCGAUUGCAGGGAAGGGAAGAUAUUUUGUUGUAUUGCACGAUGAUUUGACUACUUUCAUUAUAGUUUUGCAAUAACCUGCUCAGAAUAUAUCUGGUUACCGUGACAACGACUAACUCGCUUAGCGCUCUCUGCUGCUCUCUGUCAUCAUCCAUCGCAAAUUAGAAAUGCCCAAAUGAAAAUGCAUGUUCAACAAGCUGAAAGAAGCCGAUCUAUUUCUUUGCACAACACGUGAAAAUGGAAUUGAAAUGUUUUGCUGUCACUGUUAAUGUUCACUUUCCCAUGGCCAUUGUGUUAAGAUUGAAUGUCAUUUUCAUACAGCUGUAUUUUUGUUUUUAAAUAGUACAAGCACUUAAAUGUGGAAUUGUAUUUUAACUUUUAAGUUCCAAUGUUGCAAAUUUUGUGCAAAAAUUUGUAGCUGACAAGAAAUUUCAAGCACUGGCAAGUCGUAUCAUUAUAACACAUGCAAUAUGACAUCCUAUGGAUAGAAUAGGCUAUAUGGAAUUUGUACAUUUUACAAAUAUCUCAAAUGUGGUAAAAUCUUAUAAAACAAUAUAUAAUAAAUUAACAUUUCACAUAUUAAAAGAUGUUAUAUUGAAUUUGGCUACAUAUUUCAAUACAGUGUGUGUGUGUGUGUGUGUGUGUGUGUGUGUGUGUGUGUGUGUGUGUGUGUGUGAGAGAGAGAGAGACAGAGAGAGAGAGAGAGAGAGAGACUUUCAAAAUCUGGUCACCCUAUAGCAGCGAUGCCCGAGCUAGGGCCUGCGGGCCGAUGACCUCUGAUUUGGCCCGCCUUGACAUAUUUGACAAGAGUGGGAAAAAACGGGGGGAAAAAAUGCUAUUGAUACAGCUUUUCAUUGCAUUAAUUUAGCAGAUUGCAGGGUAAUUAUUAUUAUUAUUAUUUUUGUUUGUUUGUUUGUUUUUUGUUUUUGUAUAAUGAAAUCAUAAAGGAGGGGAACAAGGGCAACUUUAAUAUUUUAAUAUAAUACAAUUGCAGAGCCUGAAAUUCGGCUAAUAAUUCCCACAAUAUCCACGUUCAUAAUGCGGGAAAUUCCCGCACACUUUUAUUCACUUUACAGUGCAGCUGCGAAUUAGUAAACCAAUAGAUACAGAUGAUCAAAUCAAUAAACUUGUUUUGUAUCAAACUGUAAUUCAAGAAGCUGCGCGAGUAAAUCCGCUGUCUUUCACUUUCUGGUGCAGCUGUCAGCAGUGUCAGAAGUGUGAGCGCGUGCAAUGAGAAAGUGCUUUGUCGCAUAGAUACUUAAGAUGUUACAGAUGUAUAAACCUUUCUAAACCUGUUAAUUCAACAUGCAAAUGGUGUUAUACCGUCUCCGUAAGCGAGCAAAGCGAUAGAACUAUAUAAUUCCUAUUUAUAAUCAACAAAGCUGUUAACAUUGCAAGCGCGUGCGUCUUUCAUUUCAGCGCUCCCUCAUUAUUUAUAAUGCAGCAUAUUUGCAAGAAAGGCAGAAAUAGCAAAAAUGCUUUUCACAAUAGAGAGACGCGUAAACACCUUUUGCAUCUCUCAUCUCCAUCUCUAGUUCCAUCCGGGGUCGGAAAUCAACGAAAACCCUGCAAUCUGACAUAGUUCCAAAUUAAUAUAUCCACUGCGUUCUUUAUUUGAAUUUUCGCUGAACAUUAUUUGUUUCGUGCUGUCCGUUGUGCAGAUGUUUCAGAGUCACUUGCGGAUGCUCGCGCCAUAAACGCGCACAGACGGGCUCUUCACUAUAAUGUAGUUAAUAAUAAUAUUAACAUAAAUAAUAUAUGGAUGUGUUAAAUGGCCUUGAUGUUAAAUAAAACGUUAUUAAUGAUACAAUAAUAAUUUUACAGAACAUGAACCACUUUUGGUGUAUUAAUCAUAUCACUGAAUAAUGUUCAUUGUUUUAUUAAAUUGGCUUUGAAUUGCUACGUUUUUUUUUUUUUUUUUUUUUUUGUAAGCUCCUCAUUCCAAAUCUGGAGAAAUAUUGUCAUCAACUCCUCUGUGUCGGUGCAUUUGUUUUUUAGUCUGUUAAUUUAAUAGCCAAAAUAUUUGGAAAUAUGUGAAUGAGAAAAAAAAAAAUUUGUUUCAGUAACUAUGCACAAUUUUGCAAUAUAGAGAUCAUGCAAUUUUGUAAUUAUUGUAACAUGCCAUUUUAAAAUUGAAUUAAAGUAUUUGAUAUAAAAAAUGAUGACGGAGUCAUAAAGCAAGAAAAAACUACCUUUGUAAAGGUAAAAAAAAAAAAAAUGCCCCCCAUAUGAGCUGUGUAAUGGGGGCAAUCCACCCCUCCUCCCACCCCCAUUUUCAGAAAUUAAUUUAAGGCACUGAGUUUGUUAUAAUGCAAUGUUCUCUCUUGGCCCACAGCCCUCAAUCAAUUUUGAUUUUUGGCCCUUCAUAGGAAAAGUUUGGGCACCUCUGCCCUAUAGAAAAUGCGCUAGCCAUAUCUGCAGCUUCAAUUAUGACACAUUUGAACCUUUUUUGGAAUGACUGUUCAUUGUGUUGCCAAUGCAUGAUGUUAAAACAAAGAGAACAGACACAAUAUCAUAUCCAGUAAUUUAUUAUUAUUAUUACAUUUCAUUUGGAACUGGUAUAGAGUUUUGUUUGAUGUUCAGUUUUCUGAGUUGCGAUAAGACUUACUUUCUCAUGUCAAAUGCACUAAAGAGGACUUUGUGGUUAGUUCGGUAAAAAAAAUUAAAUAAGCAUUCUUAAA